UAUCCGUCAUAACGUCACGAGUGCGGAUGUGAAUCGGUUUGUCCUGGGCUGGCCCUCAUGGUGAGAAAUGGUGGCACACGGGGAAAAACAACAAGGCCACAGGCCGGGCGUCUAUAAGCAGAAAAACAAAGGGCACAAACAUGGCAGGCAUCGGACGAAAGGUGAAAUUGCGAGAGAAAAUAAAGGAAGGGUGUCCGUGAUAGCCCUCACCAAAAAACAGAGAAAAGAACAACGGAAGAUGGACAGGAAGAACAAAGCCAAUCAACUACGCAAGAACAAGAGAGAUGUGGUUCUAACAGAGAAACGCCGGUUAGGCAGCAGGGAUGGUCCUCCCAUUUUGGUCGCUGUGGUGUCGCUUCAUCCCGCAGUUGACGCUGGUGCUGUUACCAAACUGCUGCGUCAAGAGGGCACAGGCGGCGUUGUACACCAAGAUAAAUCUGUCAGUGGCGCCAGUGACAGUUUCGGGCUGGUCGUUCCUCGUUUUAAACAAAGGUUCACCUUUCUUAGGACCAACACAGAUGACAUACAUUCACUGCUCGAUGUAGCAAAGUUGGCGGAUAGCCUUGUGUUUGUGCUGGAUGCUGCUGAAGGGUGGGACAGCUAUGGAGACUACUGUCUCUCCUGUCUAUUUGCCCAGGGUCUCCCUAGCUGUGCUCUUGUGUGUCAGGGUGUAUCUGACCUCCCCGUAAAGAAGAAGGUGGAUUCCCGCAGGGUGUUGUCCAAAGUCAUGGAACUCCGCUUCCCCGAAGCCCGCCUCUUCCCUCUUGACACGGAGCAGGAUGUCACCCUUUUACUCAGACAUUUGGGCACGCAGAAGCAACGAAAGCUGGGCUACCGGUCCAGACGCUCCCAUCUCGUAGCUCAGAAUGUCACUUUUACGCCCAAAGCAGUCUCUGGCGAAGGCACGCCGGGUGGCCCCGUUGGCCUAGGCACACUCUGUGUCUCCGGGUAUGUCCGUGGGCGUCCUCUCCGAGUGGACAGGCUGGUGCACAUCAGUGGACAUGGAGACUUUCAGCUGAGGCAGAUCGAUGCUCCAAGGGACCCGCUUCCCUUGAACACAACGACAGCCAGACCAGCCAAGCCCGGCAAGGAAGGAGAUGUUGACAUGCUGGAUGGUGAUGAAACGGAGCCACCCGUGCGGGUGCUCAUGAAAGCAGACCCUUCUUGCAGGGAGAGCCUGCAGACUGAGGCAGAGGUGGACCCUAUGGAUGGAGAGCAGACGUGGCCCACAGAAGCAGAACUGCUGGAGGUCGAAGAGGCCAGAAAGAGCAAACGUGUGAUCAAAGUCCCAAAAGGAACGUCUGACUACCAGGCAGCGUGGAUAGUGGACGAUGACGACGAAAAUGGUGAUCUGGAUGAAGAAAGUAGCGAUGUUGAUGACUGCGAUGGUGACAUGAUGGAUGAAGCCCCUGAUGGAAAUGACGAUGACUCACAGGAUGCAGGUUCAGAUCUUUCCUCAGAAGGGGAGGAUGAAGGAGAAGAGGAGGAGGAAGUGUGCUCCACAGAGCGAGCGGGAGCCGACCAGCGUUACGACGAUCACAUGGAUGAGGCGGUGGAAGAGGAAGGUCUCAAACGUUACCGCGAGGCACGAGCCAAUGAGAUGUUCCCUGACGAGGUGGACACACCCCUUGAUGCGGCUGCCAGAAUCAGGUUCCAACGCUACAGGGGCCUAAAAAGUUUCCGGUCAUCCCCCUGGGAUUCCAUGGAGAACUUGCCUCACAACUAUUCACGUAUCUUCCAAUUCCAGAGCUUCGAGCGCACCCGCCGCCGCAUCCUGACUGAAGCCGCUGAAGAGGAGGAGGGAGCCAUGGUGGGCUGGUACGUCACACUCCACAUCAUUGAUGUGCCCUCCUCCGUGAUGGAGAGCGUGCAGGCAGGCAGGCCGCUGGUGCUGGUGUCCCUCCUCCCCCAUGAACAGAAGAUGUCGGUGAUGCACCUUUUGGUGAGGAGGCACCCCAGCAACACGGAGCCCAUCAAGUCCAAAGAGGAGCUGGUUUUCCACUGUGGUUUUCGGCGGUUCAGGGCCUCACCCAUCUUCUCUCAGCACACCUCUGCGGACAAACACAAGAUGGAGCGCUUCCUCAGGCCAGACGCCCCCACUGUGGUGUCGGUGUAUGCUCCCAUCACGUUCCCCCCCACAGGAGUCCUGCUCUUUAAACAGAGGGAUGAUGGCGGGCAGGAUCUGGUGGCUACAGGCAGCCUGCUCAGUUGUGACCCUCAGCGCGUUGUGCUCAAGAGGAUUGUGCUGAGUGGACAUCCUUUCAAAAUUAACCGGCGCUCUGCCGUCGUCCGUUACAUGUUCUUCAACAAGGAUGACAUCAUGUGGUUCAAACCUGUGGAGUUGCGCACCAAAUGGGGUAGGAGGGGCCACAUCAAAGAGGCUUUAGGAACACAUGGUCACAUGAAGUGUGUGUUUGAUAGCCAGAUGCGCUCUCAAGACACGGUCCUGAUGAACUUGUACAAGAGGGCCUAUCCUCGUUGGACUUAUGACCCCUACGUGCCCUUGCCACUGCCCUGGUUUAAACUGGAAUCGAUGGUAGACGUGCAGGACUUGGAGAUGGAGUAGUAUGACGUGGCACGGAUUUCAGAACAAAUAUAUUAUUGGUAUUGAAUAAAAUUUAUUCAGACUCCAUACAUUUUGUUGCUGAUGAUUGGGUUACAUACCGAAGGUUCAUGGUUUAUUAUUUGGUUAAUUUAUAUUUAUGGCCUUCAUGCGUGAGCGUAUAUUCCAACUUCUGUGCAAAAUUGGUUAUGUCGCUGCUGAUGAAAUGAAAUACCAUUUGUAAAGCGAGGACCCAUGCACACCCUGGCUUUAAAAAGUAAUCUGGAUCAGAAUAAUCCGGAUUUGGCAUUUUUAUUUUAUUGCUGUCUAGAACAAAUUGAUCUAUUCGUUUUUGUCCUCUCUAUAUAUUUUUUUUUUUAAACUUUCAGGUAGGAUCAAUCUGAUCUGAAUACCACAAAAUCAGGAUUACACAAUCCAGAUUUGAGGUUUUUGGGUAGGCCAACUACCAGAAUUCAUCCCACUUGUAUUUUUACCCUUCACUGGUUUCAUUUCUUUUCUCCUUUUCUUCAAAUUGCCUUCAGCUACUAUUAUGUUCUGUCAGUUUUAUACAAAUAAUCAUUAAAGUAUCUGCUGAAUGACUAAUGAAGAAAUGUCUCUUGUACUCGUUAAAGUAUGUGGAGCCUAUUUAAUGCAGGUGUGCUUUGUCAGAGAUAGAUGAGACUGAUAUGGCAGCAAGCACUAUGAAACGGGGUGAUCUCACCCAAGCUGAGACAUGCCAACCUCGAAGGUGGCACGGCAGGAAGCAGAAGGCCAUAAGAGACCACAGUAAAACUGGCAGCGAAUCCUAUUAGCUCGGGAGUGCUCAGUGACAUCGUUCUGGACAUUACUGGGGAUUAAAGAUUUUUAACUCCACUGGAUCCAGUCAGUUCCUCAAGGUGCUGGUGAGUCUGAACUGUAUGAAACAAGACUCAAUCGGCGAUGGCAAGUGAGUCAGGAAAGUUGUAGACCUUCACCCUCAAUUUGGAGGAGGCAGAGCCCGAAGACCCCCAGACUACCAUAUGAAGAGCCUCACUCUUCACAGGGAGAACUGCCUCGAAAGAAGCACUGCUUCGAGAAACAGCCAGAGUCGAGAAGAUUGCUUUGGAGAGCUUGUGGGGAAGGAAGCUGUGAGAACAGAUCGCUUUAGUUUAGGAGCAGAUCAAACUUGACCUUGCUUAAUCAGAAACAAAACUAUAUAUUUAAAAUCUCAGGCAAAGAUAUUAAUCAUAAUUAGGUUUAAGCAUUUUUUAAACACAAUAAUAAUUUACAUAGUAUACUCUCCAGGAUGGGGAUCUUUAAUAAUAAUAAUAAUAAUAAUUAGUGAAAUAAUUUUUUACAACUCAAAAGGUUGGGUUGGUAGGUUGGUUUGUGUAAUGUCUGUAUUACUAUGUGAUGUAUUUAUUUGAUUUUAUGGCAAUUAACAUAUCUUUUGCACACUGACAUACCAGGUUUCAUCCGUUCUGUUUUCAAGGAAGAAUAGAAGAAAAUAAUUUGAAUGAUGCCUAUAUCCCUCUUUGUAGCCUGAUGGCCGGUCUUAGUACACCGUACAAUGUAGCAUCCACCUUGAAUCCUUGCUUGAUCCACUCUUCAAAUAGGAUCGUGUCAGUUCUGAUCUUUAGAAUCCAAGCUUUCCUAAUCUUCACUUUAGAAUUUUGAAAGACCCGAGAAAAGCAUUUGAUCGGGAUUAUGGGUAGGAUUGGAUUACCAAAUUCAUAUCUCAGUUUUACUAGGACCAAGAUUACAUAUCCUGGUUUUAAAUGCCUAAUUUUGAGAUUUAAUCCUUUCCAGAACAAUCUGAUCCAGAUUAAAUGUUUUGAAAUACCGGGCCCAUACGAUUAGACUAUGUUGCCUUUAGAUUGCUAUGGUAAUUUGGCCACCAGAGGGUAGCAAUGUAUAAAUCUCCCGUGAUGCUAAACCUGUGCGAGAUACUGUAGAUGCAAUAAUUAUGAUAUACAGAUAGUACCAAUACUUUGCCUUUUUCCAGGCAAAGUAUUGGUUCUGCAUUUGUUUGAUAUUUAGAUUGAUUGACUUAAUGUGCAUUGCAUCAAAUCCAUGUAUAAAUGCAAAUAUGUACCAGUAAUAACAUAUUCAACUGCAAUUUCAGUUGUUUUAAAUUAUUCCUAACAGCUUUAACAGCCCAAAUCUU